CACUUCGAUGUCUUGCCCACAGAAAUUGUGCCAGUUACAUAACACUAUUGCAUGGUAGGAAGAGCAGUGUAAAAGCCGUUUUGUAUUUCACGGAUGCGCCUUUCAUAUUGGAAUCGUCCCCUCGUUACUGCUUUACAUGAGGUUUUGGUGUUUCUGUGGUGGACUCCAGGAGGAGGUGGGCAGCAGCAGCAGGUGAUCAUUAGCUUUUUCCUGGGGCGCAGAUGGGAUACAUCAGACUUCAGAUAGGGCCUGGCUGGGAGAGGGAGUGAGAAUGGACAACCUUUCCGACUUUGGGUCCCUAUGUCCGUCCAGCAGGAGGGAAUGGGACACCAGCAGCUGUGUGGACGAUUUGAUGGAUGAAGAUGAUAAAGACAGGGCAAAAAGGGCAUCUCGGAACAAAUCAGAAAAGAAAAGAAGAGACCAAUUCAAUGUGCUCAUCAAGGAGCUAUGCACCAUGCUGCAGGGCCAAGGCCAUCCACGCAAGAUGGACAAGUCUACCAUACUGCAGAGAACUAUCGACUUCCUGCAGAAACAGAAAGAAAUCACAGCACAGACAGAGUCAUGUGAGAUCCGGCAGGACUGGAAGCCUUCGUUCCUCAGUAAUGAGGAGUUCACCCAGUUGAUGCUGGAGGCUUUAGACGGUUUCCUCAUAGCACUAACUACAGAUGGAAACAUUAUAUAUGUGUCCGACAGUGUGUCUUCACUCAUUGGCCAUUUACCGUCAGAUAUGGUGGACCAAAAUAUCUUGAACUUCCUCCAUGAGUGUGAGCAUGGGGAGGUCUAUAAGCUGCUAUCAUCCCACAUGCUGAUGACUGACCCCAUCUCUGCUGACAUCCUGGACAGUAAGACACACAUUGAGUUCUGCUGUCAUUUAGCCAGAGGAAACAGCCACCCAAAAGAACCGCCUACAUAUGAGUAUGUUAAAUUUGUCGGAGAUUUGAAGUUUCAUAACAAUGUGCCUACAUCUUCUUGUAACGGGUUUGAUUUGACAUUACCAAGAACCCUGCCGUCAUCGUUGGAAGAGCAGGUCUGCCUUGUUGCCACUGUACGAUUAGUCACUCCGCAAUUUUUAAAGGAUUUGUGUAAUGUGGAAGGUCCCUGUGAUGAAUUCACAUCCAGACACAGCCUUGAAUGGAAGUUCCUGUUCUUAGAUCACAGAGCUUCACCAAUCAUUGGGUACUUGCCCUUUGAGGUUCUUGGGACUUCUGGCUACGAUUACUAUCAUGUGGAUGACUUGGAGCUUAUAGCCCGGUGUCAUAAGCAAUUAAUGCAGUUUGGGAAGGGUAAAUCCUGCUACUAUCGGUUUCUAAGCAAGGGUCAGCAGUGGAUCUGGCUCCAGACACACUACUACAUUACAUACCACCAGUGGAACUCCAAGCCAGAGUUCAUAGUGUGCACUCACACAGUCGUCAGUUAUGCGGAGGUGCGAGCGGAGAGGAGGAGAGAGUUUGGCUUGGAGGAGACGUCCCCUGACAUGGCCACUUCGUCACCCAUGAAGGCUCAGGAGGUGUACCUGGACAUCUGUCCCAAUCUGGACCCCUCCGGACUGGACAGGAUGAGCGGGGCACGCUCAGUGUCCUCCCACAGCUCCCGGAAGUCCUCCCACACGGCCCUGUCCGACACGGCAUCAGCCAACUCAUCUUUGCGGUACACAGAUGCUUGCACACCAUCACGGCAGUCUGCAUCCAUCGCUGGGACAGAGAAGAAUUUGUCCAGACUCGCACCCAGUAGUGCAAAGUCGCAGCAACAACAACAGAAGCCACAGCAGCAGCAACAGUCCAUGUACCAGCAGCAGCCUCCUGAGCCUCAGCUAGGUGUCAUGCACCAGCUCAAGGAGCAGCUGGAGGAGAGGACACGCAUCCUGCAGAUGGACAUCAAGACUCAGCAACAGGAGCUGCAUGACAUCAAGGAGAAGCUGCAGCUGGCUAACCUCCAGAUGUUGUUACAGCAGCCGGUCCACAGUGACUUUGGCCAGGUCCAACAGCAGCAGCAACAGCCUCAGCAUCAGGGUCCAGGGAGGCCAGCCCAGCAGCAGCAGCAGGCCCAGUCUGGGGUGAUCAGGCAGGCUUCGAGCCACUCCAAACAGCCUCUUCAUGGAGCCCACGGCUCGUCCCCUCACUCUCUCCUCACAGAGCACAGCACACCCUCCCCUCAGGUGCAGCAGAGGUUGAUAAGGAGUGCAGGCGGGCAGAUGCAGGCAGUCAGUCUCCCGGUGCAGACCCAUGCCAACUUGACCAUGCCCUUCUACAGCAACCCCAUGAUGUUCUCUCAGCAGACAACCACACAGGCACUGCAGGACGUAAACCAAAGACACUCAGACUCUGAGUUUAGCCAAGAGAGACAGCUACGCAUGCUGCUCAACCAGCCAGUGCAGACACUCGUACCUGAUAGCCGUGUUAGCUCCCAGGCUUCCCAGUGCAACACAGCCAUCCAGCAAACCAAAUACACCCUGGAGCAGCAGAUGAUGACCCCGUCGUUUCCCAUGCAGCAUGUGAACUGCAACGCUGUCCUGGUCCCCUCUCCCGUCUUCACGUCCUCUAUCAUGAUCCCUCACAACAGCUUUAUCACGCACCAGGCCCAGCCCACCUACCAUUCUCAGCAGCAGGCCUGCCAGCACUCUCUGCAGCUGCAGCAGCCCCAGCAGUUCUUUCAGAUGCAGCCCCAAGGACUCUUACACAGUGGAACCACUCAGGCUUUUUUCCACACUACUAAUGUCCCACAACAAGGUACUGUCAGUUAUAUUCAACAACAACCGCAGCAGCAACAACAACCGCAACAACAACCGCAACAACAACAACAGCAGCAACAACAGCAGCAACAGCGGCAACACCACCAUUCCCAAAACCAGCCUGGCAGCCUUUCAGACUUCCGAAAUAUGCUCACUCAGUAGCACCGAAGACACAAACAGAGUGGUGAGAUAUCUUCUGAAACGUAUUGUUACAGGUUUGGUGGCAGAAUUCUAUGGGAUGCAUAGAAGACACAGCGAGGCAUAUUUGGUCCCAUGCUGUGCUGUGUUCUUCACUGUUUAAGAAGCCAUUGUGGCUUUUUUACACAUCAAAAACAAAAUGAUCAUAUUCGCUGCAGCAACAUCUCUGUCCCACUCCACUGUGCUACUGGAGGCCAUGCUUACUCGUCAUAUUUCAUCAUGACACUGCUGGAUGGAAAAAAAACGAUCAAAGUAAUCAACAGGAAAACCGUGCUGCUGUGUGAUUUCAUGCAGAUGUGUUUUCAACAAAAAGAGAGGUUGUUAGGUGAGCCUUGUUGUGCACUGACUGCACUGUGGUCAUACCAUCUGUUGUUUCCAGAGAGUAAACACAUGCAGUGAGCAUUUACUCCUUCAGAGUUGCAUCUUCAUUUCACAUGAAAAACACUUGUCUGUAGGUUAUGGUUUUGCUGUGCAUACAUAUAUUCGUUUUGACAUAGGAAGACUAUUACGAAACAGUAGUUUCAAGGAAACAUAAAGGAAGGGGUUAAUUUUGAUGAUCUUUUCAUCAAACAUUCAAUCAGCCACUCCCAGACAUAGUUGAUAUCAUUAUUAAAACACUGAAGUAUAUUCACCACUCAACACUAUUAGUCCAUGUUUGGGGAAAAAAUAUUUUGCAUGACUGACACAGCAACAAAUGUCCUCAUACAAUUACUAUUAUUUUCAUUAUAGAAUGAAAUAUUUAGACAUGAUUUUUUUCUAAGAGCGGACAAUAGUACCAAUUAAUUAUGGCAACAUUUGUAUUCAAUAAUUCAUAAAAAUCAAGCUUCAUAUUCUUUAUCCACACCUUAAUGGAAAGAGCAAACCUUAUUAGUAGACUACCAUAGCAUGUUGGUUUGUUUAUCAUACAUUUCUAAACAAAUUUAAGCUGUUCUACUGGGUGCGUUUUUAAUCAGGCAUUGAAAGAUAAGUCAAUAAGAUCUUAAUGCAUUAACAGCUACUAACAGCACAGUAACAGUAGUUUGUUGCCCAAAUCACCUAAGAACUCAUUGUUUUGUAUCAAGUGUAACAGAUGCUGCAAUGAUUAGGAAGACAUCACUAAUAUAUUGUAGUUGUCUUACAUUGUUUAUGUAUACUUUCAUAACAUAAUUCUUUUCUCAGGUUAUUUGUGGAAACAAAUAUUCUCAGUAUUACAUUAACAAUUUGUACUUGUCAUAAUUUGUUGGUUACAGUUUAAUUGUCUAUAUUUGGUCAUCUUUGCAAUUCAGCAGAAUGUUGUUGAUUUUUGGACUAUAGAGACUAUAAGUGUAUUUAUCCAUGAAUGAGUAAUUAUGUCCAUACACUGGUGAUUUUAGGAAUACUGUGUAUGAAGAAAAUACUAACCAGAGACAAAUGGCCUGCUAAUGUAAAUGACAAUCAAACUGACCACUUAAAAUAAUACUACGUAUUUCCUAUUUACUUUUUUCCCUUCAAGUUCCAUACGUUUUCCCCAAAUAACUACAACAGUAGGUAUCUGACUUGAGUUGCCCUACCCCCAUUAGAUAUUGUAAUAUUUUAAUGGGAAAGUCCUACUGUGAAACACUUAUAUCCUGUCAAACAAAGAGGGAAAUGUAUGCCUCAAUUUCCCUUUACACUCACUAGCCAUAACAAACUGGAACAACAUAUUGGAAUUCUAAUCUAAAGUAAAUGUUCCAUUUCACAUGAAGUGAAGGUUGAAAUGCAUUGUGGAGUGAUAAGAAUCUUAAAUUGUACAACGUUUAUGACAAUCCUACCAAUCUCUGCUGUGGACAUUGAGUCGCUAUCACUUCAUCGGUUACAGUCACUCUCACGAAGACUGGUGCUGUUCAUCUUGGUUGAAGAGAUCAAGUUCUAGAAUUCUUAUAGUAUGUGUCGUUUUAAUUUAGAAGAAAUGAUUUAUGCUGUUGAAAUUAUGAUUCUAGGCAAGCAUGUACUCAUGUAAAAAAAA